CAGCGCGCACAGGUCCCUGCAAGCGUUCAUCAGCAAAGGACUCCGACCAUGGCACAGAAGAUGAAAGACAUGGGCUCUGCCUUCAUCCAGCACCAGCAGCUCCACGCAGCCAUGGCCGACACCUACCUGGAGCACAUGUGCCUGCUGGACAUCGACUCCGAGCCCUCUGUGUUCCGCAGCACAGGCAUGGUCUGCACCAUUGGGCCAGCUUCUCGCUCAGUGGAUGUGCUGAAGGAGAUGAUCCAGGCUGGGAUGAACGUUGCACGCAUGAACUUCUCUCACGGAACUCACGAGUACCACGCUGAAACCAUUCAGUUCAUUCGUGAAGCUGCCGAGAGCUUCCAACCUGGAACUGUUGAUUACAGGCCUGUUGCCAUCGCCAUGGACACCAAAGGCCCCUGCGUCAGGACUGGCCUCAUUAAGGGCAGUGCCACCGAGGAGGUCAAGCUGGUCAAGGGCGAGACAAUCAAGCUGACCAUGGAUGACUCAUUCAAGGAGAACUGUGAUGAGAAGAACCUGUGGGUGGGCUACAAGGACAUGCCCAAGCUGGUGCAGGUUGGCAAGCACGUCUACAUCGACAAUGGCCUCAUCUGCCUCAAGGUCAAGGAAGUUGGUGCUGACUUCCUGGAGUGUGAUAUUGAGAAUGGCGGUAUGCUGGGCAGCAAGAAGGGCGUGAACGUGCGCGGGGCUGCCUGGGACCUGCCUGCCGUGUCCGAGAGGGACGUGAAGGACCUGCAGUUUGCUGUGGAGCAGGGCAUCGACAUGGUGUACGCCUCCUUUGUGUGCAAGGCCGCUGACGUGCACGCUGUCAGGAAGGCCAUGGGCGAGAAGGGCAAGGACAUCAAGAUCUUCAGCAAGAUCGAGAAUCACGAGGGCUGCCGCAAGUUUGACGAGAUCAUGGAGGCUAGCGAUGGCAUCAUGGUCGCCCGUGGCAACCUGGGCAUCGAGAUGCCUAUCGAGAAGGUGUUCCUGGCUCAGAAGAUGAUGAUUGGCCGCUGCAACAGAAUGGGCAAGCCUGUUAUUUGUGCCAUGCAGAUGUUGGAGAGCAUGGUGAAGAAGCCCCGUCCCACUCGUGCAGAGAGCUGUGACGUGGCCAACGCCGUUCUGGAUGGCGCUGACUGCCUCAUGCUCUGCGGAGAGACAGCCAAGGGAGAUUACCCCGUGGAGUCCGUCCGCAUGCAGCACAAGAUUUGCCGUGAGGCAGAGGCAGCCAUGUUCCACAGGCAGCUGUUUGAAGAGCUGCGCCGCACCUCCCACCUGACCCGCGACCCCACCGAGUCCGUUGCCAUGGGCGCUGUGGAGGCCUCCUUCAAGUGCUGUGCCAGCGCCAUCGUCGUCCUCACCAAAUCUGGCAGGUCUGCUCACAUGCUGUCCAGGUACAGGCCCCGUUCACUCAUCAUGGCCGUGACCCGUAACGAGAUGACCGCCCGCCAGUGCCACAUGUACCGCAGCGUCAAGCCCGUCUUCUACAACAAGCCCGCCCACGAUGUCUGGGCAGAGGACGUCGACCAGCGCGUCAUGUUCGCCAUGGAGCUGGGCAAGCACCGCAAGUACUUCAAGUCUGGGGAUGUGGUGAUCGUUGUCACCGGCUGGCGUCCAGGCUCCGGCUACUCCAACACCAUGCGUGUUGUUCUGGUGCCUUGAGCGUUACCUAUGGACAGAACCGCUCUUCCCCCCCCCCCAGAACUCCCCCAUAAGAAGAAACCAUGAGUCUCUCUGAGACUCCUGCUGUUAAACAGACACUUGAAGUCUAAGGACCUGUAACCCUGGCGUUUUUCCCAGGUGGCUUGUGGGAAUGCCAAACAUGUGUGUGUGAGUGUGUGUCUUCGUUGUGCUUGGAACUGUGAAGACCCAGGGAACUGUGAAGAACACGGAAGACCACUGGGAGUUUUUGUCGACCUCCCCCUCCAUUGACCUCUUGCCUCCCCAUUCAGGUUUCACUUGACUGACACACUGAGACUGAACACAUGCUGUGAUGCCUUGGUGCCACUGGACAUCCACCUAUUAAAGAGAUGACCAC